AUGGGCUCAACAUCCCCACCCCUCUCCCUCGACAUACAAACCCUCACAAUCCCAACCUUCCACGCCGCCCUCUCCAGCAAAACAACAACCUGCACCGACCUAAUCCAAACCUACCUCACCCGCAUAACCAAAUAUAAUCCAAUGCUCAACUCCCUAAUCAACAUAAACCCACAAGCCCUAUCCCUCGCCAAAGAAAAGGAUCUGGAAACUCAAUCCCUUCUCUCCGAAAAUAAACCCCUCCCGCCCCUCCACGGUGUACCAAUCAUCGUGAAAGAUAAUAUCUCAACGAAAGAUAUACCCACCACCGCAGGCGUAUCCGCUCUUCGCGGGCUAGUCACGAAAACAGAUAGUGAUGUCGUUUCUCGUCUGAAAGAUGCUGGUGCUAUCAUCUUAGCGAAAGCCAAUUUACACGAAUUCGCCCUACAGGGCACGAGCACAUCUUCGGCAGGCGGACAGUGUUUGAAUCCGUUUGAUCCCAGCCGGACACCGGGUGGAUCAUCGGGUGGAACGGCUGUUGCUAUUGCGAGUGGGUUGGGUCUUGUUGGGCUUGGUAGUGAUACGGUUAAUUCGUUGAGGUCGCCUGCGUCGGCGUGUGGGAUUGUCGGGUUUAGACCUUCAUGGGGGAGGGUGAGUACACAGGGUGUUGUGCCUGUUUCGGGUGUGCAGGAUGUGGUUGGGCCUAUGGGUGGAUCAGCGGUGGAUGUUAGGGUUGUUUUUGAUGUUUUGAAGGUUGAUAAGAGGGAGGUGAGUGGUGAGUGUGAGGGUUCAAGAAGAAGGACAAUCCGGAUUGGUAUUCUAGAUGCUUAUUUCGGACUCGAUGAUCCCAACACUGAUCUAUCAACGAACCUCAUCCACGAAAACGAGAUUGUUCAGGACAUCAUCAAUGAUGCUAUAUCAUCUAUCAGUGGAUCCAAGUCUGGAUCAGAUAUCGAAUUCAUCCAUAUCAAUCCCACCACCCAUCCAGACUGGCGUUUCACAACUCUCUACUCCACGGCUGAUACACAAAUCUACGAGUUCCAGGAACGAUUAAAUACAUUUCUCCAAUCACCAGAAGUCAUAUCACCGUAUCACUCGUUAAAAGAGAUUGCGGAAAGUGGGGACUAUGACAAAAAUGCAGUGACGGAGGUAUUCACUGCACCGUUGAAAGAUCCGGAGACAUUCUCACUAUCGAGUCCCGGGUAUCAAACUCGUUUAAAGAAUAUUUCGAUCUUGAAAGAUUCUAUGAACGAAUGUUUUGAGAAAAAUGAUAUCGACGCAUUGGUCUAUCCGCAUCAACGACAGUUAGUCGUUGAAAUUGGGACGACUUUACAACCGAGGCGGAAUGGAAUACUUGCUGCGUUGACGGGAAGGCCUGCUAUUUGUAUUCCUGCUGGGUUUAGUCCUCCGACUUCUACAGCUGUUCAGGGUGUGCCGGUGGGAUUGGAGUUGAUGGGGAGAGUUGAUUGUGAUGAGGAGUUGUUGGGUCUUGCGGAGAGGAUUGAGGGUAUUCUUCAGAGGAGGGUGCCGAAUAUGGAGCGGAUUGAAUAG